GAAAAAGCAGGAAGCUCGAUGUCGUUCGGAACGCUCUACACGCACAAGCCGAAUCCAAGGUCGUUCGCUAUUCUGGCCGUUGCAAAAUCCCAGGCCCUGGACCUAAACGUUGUCUACCUGGACAAGGAAAACAAGGAGGACCAGGAAAAGCUUCUCUUGCUUAACCCACUAGGGCAGGUCCCGGUUUUUGUAGCUGCAGAUGGGUUCGUUUUAACAGAAUGUAUUGCUAUUGCACUCUACAUUACGUCCCGAAGCGACUGCACAGCUUUACUCGGCGCUACUAGUAGAGACUACUACGAUAUCCUUAGAUGGAUGUCCAUGGCCAACUCAGAUCUCUUGCCUGCUAUUGGCGGGGUUAUCUUGCCCCUGUUGGGCAUGAAACUAACUGUACGGAAAGACCGUCAAGACUGCUUACGCGCAUUUCAUGUAGACUGUAAAGUGCUUCAAAACCGCUUACAGCAAAGCAGGUAUCUUGUCGGAGGAGAUCAACCGACACUGGCCGAUCUCUUCACUGUUGGCACUCUGGUAUUCGCUGUCAUGGUAUUCCACAAAAUGAUGCGGGAUGAAUAUCCACGGCUUCUGGAAUGGUUCCACGAGA